UUUCGAUACGAUAACAACACUUGCACAUUUCUCAUCUGGCUGCACUGCAUUUUCCGAUAGCUUGUAAAAGAUUUGAAGAUAGCGUGUGAUAAUUUCGAUUGACGCGAAAAAUUCACCCGGUGCAUUUACGCUGAGAAGAACGGAAGAAAGGUUCUCUCUACCAAAACGAAAAAAAUGGCCGCAGCUCAGGUAUCGUUUCCACAGAUUGAGGUGUUCAAUCGUGUGCUCGGGUUACCAGUCGUGGAGCAAGCGUUAGCUGUAUCAGCGUCAACAUAUUCCCGCGUGAAAGACUCGAGUCAGCUUCUUCACUGGGUACUAUCAACCGCUGAAAAUUCAAUAACCGAUGCUACGCGACGCGCAGCACCCUUUGCAGCUCCAAUUGCGAUGAAGUUCGAAACGCCGAUUCACUUUGUUGAUGAUAAAUUAUGCAAAGGUCUGGAGAAAAUCCAGGAGAAGGUGCCGAUUGUCAACGAGACCCCCGAAAAUAUAUUGGUGCGAGGCUACACGUUCGCUUUACAGACAGUGGGUCCAGCGAUGUCGAGAAUCUCCUACGCUAAUGCCCUGAUAAUCUCCCAGGCAAACUCCCUCAAAGAAAUGAGCUGGAACAAAGCUAAUCAAAUUUUGGGUAGUUACUAUGGUACAGUAGCAGUCCAUAGACUGGACAGCACUGCAGCCCUAGUAGAUAAGCUCAUCGACAGGUACUUUCCACCGACCGGAGCAGAGAUCGUCGAAGAACCCGCGUCAGCUGAAGAGGAUGCCCUCCUCCACACGCUCCAGACAGUCGGGAGACUGUCGAAUAAAGCAGCCCGUCGUGUCUAUGGUAACGUUGUCUACAAUCUUCAUACCAUCAAUAGAGACAAAGUCAGAACCUACGUAAGCAAUGUCGUCGAAUUUUUGCAAAUUACUCGGUACCUCCACGCUGUCAAUGAGAAAAUGCAUCAUUUCACAAGUCCAACGAAGGAUUUAUCCCAGAAGAAGUUGCCAGAGUCCAACGGACACGCCAAGAGCGAGUAAAUACUUUUCCACUCAUCAAUUAAAAAAUCAUUUCUACUUGAUUGUUAUCAUUAUUUCAUACUUGUAUAGAGCGUUGUUUAUGUUAUGGGUAGUUUAUGUGAAUUUGGAUUGUUAAAGAGAGGAAAGGAGAAAAGAUUCAUCACUUUUUUUUACAUCGUUAUGACGAUUUUUUUGAGAUUCAUCAUUAAUUUGGAAAACGAAUUAUUGGAUUUUAACGCAUGCAUUUGCUUAGAUAUUUAGGAUUAUUCCAGAUGGAAUUGUAAAUUGAAAAUAAAGUUAUAUUGUUAUUAUAA